AUGUACAUCCCUCAUCCCCUUCUCCGCUCAGAUUUCGUGCUUGACAGUCAAACGCCGCACUGCUUGUUUGCCUUGCAGCCACCACCAUCACACUGCGUCCAACCACAAAUUCACGAGCUACCACUCCCAAGACGCCUCUCGCUCCUUUCGCAACACCAUACUAUACCUCUUUUCGAGCCUGUGCUUUGCCGUUCACGUUUAGUCAAUUCUGACAGCUCUGAAUCCGCAAAGCUUUGCAACCCUCGCCUUCUACGGCAAACCUUCAGCACGAUCUCGCAACUUUUUCCUUACCCGCGCCUCCUCCCCAUCUCAUUGGCCGCCCUCUCUCUUCCGCUCCUCCUGCCCCCUCCUGUUCCUCCCUUCUCACCGUCGUUUGACCUCGCUUCCUCAUUCACAUCCGAGAGAAACUUUCCCAUGUUUCGGGUGUCACUCUCUUCGGUACCCAUCCCAGUCCCUGUGGGUGCUCAUCAUGGGAAAGUUCCCAUACCCAUCGCUUAG